AUUGCGGAUGGAAUUAUGACGAAGUUGUCCGAAGAUGUGCUAAUUUGUAUACUUUUGAGACUUGCGGUGAAAUCCCUCAUGCGAUUCAAUUGUAUCUCAAAAACUUUUUACGCUCUCAUUCAAUCCUCCACCUUUGUCAAUCUUUAUCUCUACCUCACAACAACUUCCAAAGAUGAGUUCAUUCUCAUCAAGCGUUGCUUAGGACAAGAAAAUAAUAGGUACAAAACUAUCUUGUCUUUUCUUUCUGGCGAUGAAGAUAAUGAUUAUCUUAACCCAAUUUCUCAUGAUCUAGAUGCUACUUAUUUGUCCUCUCCUUAUAAUUUUGACAAUGACCAACUCAUUGGUCCUUGUCAUGGUUUGAUUGCUUUGAUGGACUCGGUUACCACCUUUUUAAUGAACCCUUCUACCAGAAAUUAUAGAAAUCUCCCACCCAACCCUUUUUGUUGUCAAGGAGAUUUCUACCGUUCCAUCCAAGCCGUCGGUUUUGGCUUCGACUCCAUUGCAAAUAACUAUAAGGUUGUCAAAAUUUCGAUAAUAUAUAUGGUAGAUAAUGAUGAUUAUCCACAAGAGAUGGAGAGAAAAGUUGAUAUCUAUGAUUUGAGCGUUGAUUGUUGGAGAGAAUUAGAUCACACAGUAGCACAACUGCUAACAACCUUUUGUUGUGUCUCUUGUUCUCAGAUGUUUUAUAGGGGAGUGUGUCAUUGGGUCGCAUCCCUAGACAUAGAUGCAUACGUAAUUCUUUGUUUUGAAAUGAGCACCGAAAUUUCUUACAGUUUAGAAAUUCCGGAAACUUGUCAUUUAAUUAAUGAACCGAGUUGCAGACUCGUGAUAUUACAUGACUCUCUAACAUUGAUUUAUCACCCAUAUCGGGAGCCCGUGAUUUCUGUUGAAAAGGAUUUGAUAAACAUUUGGAUAAUGAAGGAUUACAAUAAAUAUGAGUCUUGGAUUAAGAAAUACACUAUUAGCGGUCUUCUUAUUGUAUUCCCAUUAGCAGUUUGGAAGGGUUAUUUGCUUCUUUUUCAAAGUAGAAGUGGAUGUUUAAUGUCCUAUAAUCUUAUUUCCAAUGUGGUCAAGCAAUUCAGUUUUCAUUGUUGUCCUAAAAGUUUCAGAGUUUUACUGUACAAGGAUAGCUUGACUUCAAUUCCAACGGAAAGCGAGAACACUACACAAGUGGAUAAAUUUUAG